CUCUUUGCUGAGACUGAGGUGAAACCACUCGACUAUGGACAAGAAACAGAGAGGACUCUUGGGAAUCCCAAAGGAUCAUCGGGAGGAGGAGAUGGACCAGGCUUAAUGCCACACACUGGACUUGUGGUGAUAAGACACUGAAUGUUUAGAACACAGUUGGAAGUACUAAAGAGUCCUCAUAAUUUCUACUGAGGAGUGUCACCUACCGUGAUUUGGAGUUUACCACCCACUGGGAUACCCUCCUUGAGGAAUCAGACAUAAUUCCAGACAAAGAAAAGUCUCGAGUUGUGAUCUUGGAAAUCAUCUCACUUGAGGCUCUUGGCUCUAAUCACAGAGACUGUGCUCAGCAGAAUUGAUAAGGUAAAGGAAAAAAAUCAAUACCUGGAAAAUCAGAGCUCACCAUUCCGUAACCAUGAGUGAGGAAAUGGAGAUAGCAGACAAGAAGGACUGGAGGGAGCUUGAACCCAACUAUUCUCUCAAAAUCUUCCUGACAUUCUUUUACAGCCUCAUUCUGGUGACAGGUAUCAUGGGUAAUUCAAUCACUAUCAGAGUGACACAAGUGCUGAAGCGUAAUGGCUACCUGCAGAAGAACGUCACCGACCAUAUGGUUAGCCUGGCAUGCUCAGACUUGUUGGUGCUCCUCAUCGGCAUGCCAGUGGAGCUCUACAGUGCCAUCUGGUUCCCAUUUUCAUCUGCAGAAGGGAACGCUGCCUGUAAGAUAUACAACUUCCUGUUUGAGGCUUGCAGCUACGCCACCAUCCUCAAUGUAGCCACUCUUAGCUUUGAGCGCUACGUGGCUAUCUGCCACCCGUUCCGCUUCAAAGCCUUGGGUGGGAAACGUACCUCUGCCCUCAUCACCUUUGCUUGGCUGGUGUCCGUGCUCGUGGCUCUGCCGUUGCUAUUUGCUACGGGAACGCAGGGACACAUUCCCUAUCUGGCAGAUACACCUGUUCAGAAUCUGACUUUCUGUACAAAUCUGAGGGAGCGCUGGGUGAUGUACAGGGUUAGCAUCUUUGUGGCUUUCAUCGUCUAUAUGAUCGUGUUGAUCUGUGUGGCCUUCAUGUGCCGGGCCAUGGUCCUCGUCCUUCGGAAACCUUUAGGAUCUGUGGAUAGUGGCAUCGGUGGAACUCAAAGAGUGCACAAGCACGAAGGUUCAAAGGUUAAGACAGCCAGGAAGCAGACCAUCAUUUUUCUUGGGGCGGGUCCCUGGUGCAGGCAGCAGCUGCAGAAUGCACACCUAGAGCUCAUCACCUCAUCACCACUCAGCUCUAAUACUCCAGCUCUCCGGUCAUUCUCCGCCAGAUCGUUACAGUUCACCAUGCGGAAUCAUCCAGUUCUUGCUCAGCCGCUGCCUCCCCGGACCCGCUCCAGCCCCGGCUCCCCUCACUGCUACCCUCCACCUGCCAUCACCAUUCCCCCGACGCCUCUGCUCCUCUGCCUUCCCCGGGCCCCUCCACUGCCUCGCCACCUGGAUCCCCCUCCUCACUUCCAACCUACCUUUCCCCCACCAAAUAAACCUGUGUUCAUUGCUCUGGGUCUGUGUCCUGGUCCUCUAUACCCCCCCGAGUUAUCACACAGGUGAAAUGUCAGAAAGGUAUGAAGGUAUGAAAAAACGCAUAUGGGCUACUUUUUUGAAUUUGCCAUAAUAUAUCAUAAUGGCAAAUGCCGGUUCAGUCAGUGUGCAUAAAAUCAAACCUGUUUAAGGCUUGUACACUGGACCGGACUGACAAAACAGUAAAACAACCCAAACUCUGAAGAGCACAGAUUCCUCAACACCUACUUAGCGAUAAGUUGCAACAGUUUCAGACUGUGAAAUCAAGCUUCAUUUUCCUUAACCUCAUUUCUCUAAUUAACCAUUGUAAGACAAGACUUCUGUUUACCAGCUUCCAUCAGCGCUGCCUGUAAAACCUGCUGCUUUGUGAAAAAGUACACUGUUGUGAUUGUGUUGAUUUUCAGAGCAAUCCGCUAAUCAUUACACUUAACUAUUCGUCUUGUCAUCACUGCUCCACUUGGUAUGCUGCCUCUGUGGAUACUGUGACAAUUUUACAUUUUCACUGUGAAGAUAAACAGUAGGAGAGAAUAAGGCACACUGCAGUGACAGUAACUGUGACAUAUUCAUCUGUAUGACAUUAAACAUUUACUUUGAGGCACUUUUCGGGAGCCGGCAGUUGGUUCUGUAUGGUAUCAUGAAGAUGUCAGUUAGCAUUGCUCUUGAUGCUUAAGGAGGUAGAGUGCUCUCUUAUUCCUUGUCAAGUGUGUGUUCUUAAUAUUCUUUCCUGUUACAAUAAAAGUCAGGGAUAGUAGCCUGUAAUUGUAUGAUGUUGCAGCUGUAUCUGAGUAUGAUCCAUGAAAACUGCCAAAACUGGAGUUACACAUUGUUUGGACAACAGAGCAGUGGUAUCAUUAGUAUUCAUCAACCUGUCCAUGCAACUGAUAUUAAAAGCUGCACUUAUCCAUGUUUUUCAUAUGAAUCAAGUGGCUCUGUUGUCUAAUGUGUAAGGUGUUGCUACUACUGUUGAACCCACAGAGAAUUAACCUCAAACU